GUUGAAGAUAUCAUUUCAACCCCUCGCUUUCCCAGAAACCAAAAUAUUUCGUAAAUCCCCGGGAUGCCUCUCUGUCACUGAAACUCAAAUUGGAGAUUCUCUUUGCAAACCUCUCCAAACAUGGCAAACCAUGCCCUCUCUCCGGAUAAACGCUCUCUACUCUCUAUAUUCUUCAUCACUUCCACCCUCGUCAUCUAUCAAUCAACGUCCGAGUAUACCAUCGGCGUCAACUAUGGCACUGUCGCCGACAACCUCCCACCACCAGCCCAAGUCGACUCUUUCAUUAAGGACCAGACAACCAUCGACAAAAUCAAAAUUUUUGACACCAACCCCACGAUUCUCCAAGCCUUUGCCAACUCCGGCAUUGUCUUCACCGUCUCCGUCGCCAACGGCGACGUCAUAUCCCUCUCCAAACUCCCCAACGCCCAGUCCUGGGUCACCACCAACAUCGUUCCAUUCUACCCACAAACCCAAAUCCACCGUAUCGCCGUUGGUAACGAAAUCAUCGCCACCGGCGACAAAAACCUCAUUGCCCACCUCGUCCCCGCCAUGAGAUCUCUUCACACCGCUCUCAAACUCGCUAACCUCACCGACAUUCAAGUCUCAACUUCUCACUCUUUGGGCAUACUCUCAGUCUCUGUACCACCCAGUUCCGGCCGGUUCCGACGCGGCUACGAUCGGGUUAUAUUUGGUCCAAUGUUAGAAUUUCACCGCCAAACGAACACACCUUUCAUGGUCUGCCCAUACCCUUAUUUUGGAUUCACCGAUAAAACUCUCGAUUACGCUUUGUUCAAGCCAAACGAUGGCAUUUUAGACGAAACCACUGGGAUCAGAUACACGAACAUGUUCGAUGCUCAAAUGGACGCGGUGUACUCAGCGAUGAAGAGGCUUGAUUACGGCGACGUGGACAUCGUGGUGGCGGAGACAGGGUGGCCGUCGGCUGGUGACCCGAACCAACCCGGCGUGAGCUUGGAGAAUGCGGUAUCGUAUAACGCCAACCUAGUGAGGCACGUGAACUCCGGCCUUGGCACGCCAUUAAUGCCUAAUAGGACUUUCGAAACCUACAUUUUCUCUCUUUUCAAUGAAGACCUCAAACCCUCGACGUCGGAGAGGAAUUUCGGACUGUUCCGACCCGAUUUCAGCGCGGUUUACGACGUGGGCAUUUUACGCACUGUGCAGAGUAUGGGUCCAACGCCCACGGCUGCUCCAUCACCGGCAUCGGAUGAGGGGAAAAAAUGGUGCGUGCCGAAAGAAGAUGCGAGUGAUCAGGCGUUGCAGUCGAACAUAGACUUCGUGUGCAGCUCAGGAGUGGAUUGUAAGCCUAUCCAAGACGGUGGGUCAUGCUUCGAUCCAAAUACCAUCCGAUCACACGCAUCCUAUGCGAUGAACGCUUACUAUCAGGCCAAUGGUCGCAACGAUUUUGACUGUGAUUUCAUCGGCACCGGAGUCAUCACCACCGGAGACCCCAGUUACGAGGAAUGUACGUAUGGGGCUUGAGAAGAACACAAACCGGGAAGAGACGGUGGCUCCAGGUUUAAGGCAAAGCCCAUAAGUAAUUAGCUAAUAGUUUUCUUUAUGUAGGGGUUUUGUGUUAAUCACUAAUCUGAGGUGGGAAGUGUUUUUUCUUGCUGGGUGGUGGUCCAUUUGCAUAACUUCAAAGCAAUAGGUUUUUGUUUGAUAUAUUGAUGAUAUGGAAUUUUUACCAGCUUAGGCACUGGUCUUUGUUCAUAUUCUCUUAUGCUGGGGUAGGUUUUGUCUGUACUUUUUAUUUCAACUUUUAGAUUGUAAUGUUGCUGCUGUCAAUUAUGGGAGUUUCUAUUUUUUCCAAGAGUAUUGUAUCUGUAGUUUCUGAUAAAUUCAGGACAUGCGUCUAUACUAUGAAAAGACAAUUGGUAGAAAUUAUCAAUUGACAUGGUAGUGGGGCUUGACAAAGUCCAGCAGGAUUGGAUUGGUACGGACAAAAUGUUUGAAUGAAUUUGAGCCAAAGUUUAAAC